AUGUACGAGGAGUGGAAAACCGUUUCUACCGACACCAUUCAAAAAAUCGGAAAUUCCAUCCCGGAUGUCGGCUCGGCCCCCGAUGUGCGCAUCCUUACCAUCUCUGCGCUCCGUGUUGUAACCAGCGACACGUCCGUGCUUACCCGGGGCCUGCUCAAUGACACGACACUUGCGCCCGCUAUCCACCAGGCUCUCAGCGACUGCGCCGACCACUUCCUAGACGAGGUCGAGCAGCUCGACGACUCGCUCGCUGCGAUGAUGAGGGCAUAUCCCAACGUGCGCAAGUGCGUCAAGACCGCCAUAGCUGAUGCCAAUGAUUGCGAGGCAGGGUUCCAGCAGCUGGCGACCGGGCCGAACCUCUUGUCUCAUAGGAACCUGAUUUUCCGGCAGUUGUGUAACAAUGCCUUGGGCAUCGUCGGACUCCUGAAGGCUUGA